AUGAAGAGCCCGGCGGUCCCGAACGCGGAGACGGUCGCGCCCCGCGAGAGCGUGAGCAGCUGCAAGGCGUCCUUGCGGCGCGUCAUCUGGCUCAUCUUCCCCGUCGGCAUCCUCGCGGCCGUGAUCGUCGGCCUGCAUGUGGCGGCGCGGCCAGCGCCGACGACCGUCUACGUGGCGCAGGCCAUUGCCGCCGGCCGCGUGCCCGUGCGUGGCGUCAACCUUGGCGGCUGGCUCGUCGCCGAGCAAUGGAUGAACCCGCGCUCCGACAUUUGGAAGGAUCUGCCCGCGAACGCGACGUGGACCGAGGUCGACGCGGCGGCCGCAUAUGCACCGACAUAG